GGGUGAGGCUUCUCGCUCGAAAUCCAAGCGGCAGAAGACAGAUACAGAGGAAAGCACCGGCAGUGCUCCAAAUAAGCAAGGAAAGAAACAAAAAAAGGGCGCCAGUGCGACGGCGAAAAGGCCCACCAUCGAAGAGCCCGGUCGCCCCCAGGACCCAGCAACGUUUCUCACAAUCGAAAAUAAUGAACAAAAAGUUGCAGGGUACGUCGGAUACUCCGAUGUUGCUGACUUGCGUCGACUAGCCAUGAGCUGGCCGCUUUUGAAAGCAUAUCCGAGAUUUUCGAAGAUUUCAGUUGGACUCGCGCGAAAGACCGCUUUCAGAUUAAUCCAUGAGAGUGAAAACGAUUAUCUCGACGUGGACGCUGACCAAAAAUGGCCAGUUGAAGAAAAUAGCCCAACGUCAGUGAGGUCAAGGCACCUGGCAUGUUUACUGUUGGACUUGGAGACGGAUUUGAAAAAGUACAGAUUCGAACCUGAAGAAAAUUCCGAAAAAAACAAAAACUUUUUCAAAAAUUUCAAAUGUGACGAUCUUGAGUUACCAUCUGAAGUGGACCCAAAAGCACCACCACCGGAUCUUGGUCCGCACCCCCGCGAACAUAGAUUGGAGGCAAUCAACCGAUGCUUCUGCUUGCUCAAGUACAUGAAAGGUACAUGUCAGCUGAAGUCAUGGAAUACCCGUUUCGUCCACGGGCUGGAAACCAGAAUUUCGGUGGACCAGUCAUAUGUCCCGAGAUGGAUGCGUGAGGCGGAGCCUGCUACGAUAGCCAUAGAUCCCUUAGCCCAGGUGACUGCCGCCGACAAACUUACACCCAUUGAAGUUACACUUCGCUGGAGGAAUAGAGAUAAACUGGAGAACAUUCUCGAUCAAGCGGUAGAGAAUAACAUAGACUUGCCGAGCCAGAAUUUGAAAUUUACACAGGACCCGAGGCUUUUCACCAGCAUCUUCUCGUUCAAAGAUGCCAUCAGACGGGCAUAUAACUGCCAAGAAUUGGGAAUAGAUAUCAAAGAUCUACGGCUCCGGUACAACUCUGCAGAAGGUGAAGUAGAAAAGAACAUUCUGACCGAAUCUUGGGAGGAAGCCAUAGAGGUUUUCAACAGCAAAGAGGUAGAAAAGUAUUUCGCGGACGUGGCCUUCGAAGAGGUUGAUGACCCAGAGACGAGCAUCUUUGAAAGUCCUGAUCCUCCCCCUGAAGUCAGGACUUUUUUUGAAUUAGAGGAUUCCGAGGUGAAAUUGAACAAUUCCGACAUUUCGAAUCGCACAAUUGGUCUGAAAGAGUACCUCGAAGAUGGUGGGAUAAGUCCCAUGGAUGAGAUUGGAACGGCUCCCAAACCGAAAAAAUUCGCGACUAAAGCAGAACUUCUCAAUUACUACGGCGGUUAUGACGUUGAGACCGAAGAAGGACGGCGUCAGUGGCAGCGAAAACUGUUAGCAAACCAAAGCUGCAACGCCCGUGCAGCACGACUGAAACUCGAAAAGCUUCCGAAAGGGCUUACCGGUGCCCAGAAGGAAUCCAUUACGGUGGCACAAGAACUAAUGCAUCAGAAAGCAAUUGAAGAGGAACAUUUCUCAGUUACUCAUAAGGAGGUAUCCGACCCGGAGUACUAUCUUCAUCAGCAAGCAUUUUCGGGGACGGACAAUCGAUCUGGUCCCCCACUUGAUGUGUGCAUGCGCCUUUUGAUUGCGAAGGAAGGCAAAAAUGGAAAGUAUAAGUCGGAAUUGCUCGAAAACUUCGUCAAUUGCUCGUUCUACCAUUAUCAGGUCUCGGGGGCCAUCGGUCUUGUGCUUAAAUUGUACGGAAAAAUUGACGCAGAAACACUGCUCAAGAAGACAGGUUCCAUGAAACAUGCCCAAGCAGAUGAUGUUCGCAAGGCAGCAGCAGAGCUGCAAGAUCUUUGCAUACAUGGCGCCUUACUUGCUGACGAGACUGGGUUCGGGAAAACCAAGCAAGCGCUACUCGGCGCUUUAUUGCACACAAUUUUGUAUGUGGAAAGCGACGAGCAGGGAAAGAGAUGCCACAAACCAAUGCUAUUGGUGGUGCCUCCGACACUAAUCAGCCAAUGGCUCGCUGAAAUUCGUUUGAACUGGCCCUGUUUUACGCCCUUACUCUCAUAUGAAGAUGCAGCAUUUCGGACAGGAAUGGAGUUGUCAACACUCCCUCAUGUCGCAAUGCGCGAGCUGCCAGAUUUACAAUCAAUGCCCACGCGCUUGAGAUAUGUUUUCGACGUCCAAAAUAAAGCAGCUCGUCGUGUAAUCAUUAUUACCUCAUAUACCACCCACAAGAACCGUACAGGGCGUGUGGUGGAGGAGUGCACACCAGGAAAGCCUCACACGCCCCGUCGGUUCGACCCCGAGACCAAAGAAAGAAGUUUUCAAGGUGCCUCCUAAGGCUCAAAAUGUGUGGAAAACGGACCACGAAGGCGUAUACUCUCUUUUAAUCGCCGACGAAGCACAAAAGGUGAAGAAUCCUGAGACGCACACUUGGGCUGUUCUGAGAGUCCACAAGUUUCCCAAGACAA